UAUUUAUAUCACAAUUAUGUAUUUAUGGUCAUUAUGGGAGCCACAGACUUUGUGAGAUUGUUGAAACCUUGCAGUUUGAUUUUACUUUCAUUUUUGAUAUCCGAGGGCAGUGCCAAAGGACAACAUGACCCUUUAAUAAUAACGCCAUACUUGAAGUCUGGACAGGCGGAGAAGGCCAGAGAGCUGUCCAGGGUCAGAAAUCCUCCUUUUCCAACAAAUGUUCCAAGUUACAGCGGCUUCUUCACGAUUGAUGCUGACCAUGACUCCAACAUUUUCUUUUGGUUCUUUCCUCCUCAGAAAUUGUCUUUUAUUGAAUCGACCGAAGCAGUGCCACUUCUCCUCUGGCUAAACGGAGGUCCCGGAUCAUCAUCACAGUUCGGUCUAUUUGUGGAAAAUGGCCCGUUUGUAGUGAAUGAGACAAACAUCCGAUAUGUCAGAACUACAUCUUGGACUAAAGCAGCCGCUGUGUUGUUCCUGGACAGCCCGGUUGGUACCGGUUUCAGCUUUACCAGAGACAAGUAUGCGACAUCCAUUAGUCAAGUGACUGAGGGUUUGUACAUAUCGUUGUGCCAGUUUUUCGAGCUGUUUCCAAACUAUAAACAGGCCAAAUUUUAUAUUACGGGAGAGUCGUUCGCAGGUCAGUAUAUUCCACACUUGGCGAUUCGUGUGUUGGAGCAAGGCAUGAAAUCACCGUUAUCUCAUCCGUCGUGCGAUAUUUCCUUGUCCGGAAUAUCCAUCGGAAACGGUUUCAUCGACCCUGAGAACUCCCUCGACUAUGCAGAGUUCCUUUAUGGUCUUGGCCUAUUAGACGAGAAGGGUCGACUUCUGAGUGAACAGUGGCAGGAGAAAAUUAGAUCCCUCAUUCAAAAAGAGAGAUACACUGAAGCAUUUAAGCUCUAUGAUCAAUACAUCGGAUACUCGGGAUUGAAGGGGAGUCUCAUCUCGAAUCUUACGGGCUCAGAUUUCUACUAUAACGUCUUGAAAGCAAAGAGACCUCCAGAUUAUGACUAUUACACCAAAUUUGUGGAGCAACCAAAAGUACGGGAUGCGCUUCAUGUGGGGUCGCAACAUCACUUUCAAGACGGAGUCCUUGUCAUGAGUAAAAUGGAGGGAGAAAUAAUGAAAUCGUCAAAAACCCAGUUUAGAAAAUUGGUUACAGAAUACACGAACAUUCCAGUCUUGCUUUAUAACGGGCAACUCGAUCUCAUUGUGGCUAAUCGGCUGACGGACUCAUUUCUCGAGGCUUUGAAUUUGGAUGAAAUCGGUCCCUGGUCGACGAGGAAGGCUCUGAAAAUAUCUCUAUCCGAAAUAGUUGGCUACUACAAAACGUGGAAAAAUUUGACCCGGGUUACCGUCCGAAAUUGUGGUCAUAUGGUCCCCUACGAUAAACCGGAAUGGGGAUACUUUCUAAUCACUGCUUUUUUAAAGGGUGAUCUAGGCAUUACUGAGAAUGAUCGUAAUACAGUUACGGGAGCUAAGAAAUUUAUUAUCAAAAAUUCUAUUUAUAGUGCUCGAAAUAAGACAUUCGAAAAAAUUAAAUAUUAAAUUGACAUGACAUAAGUA